AUGGGAAUAAAACAUCUAUACCAAAUAAUACAGGAAAAUGCUCCUGAUGCAGUCAAAGCUGGUGAAAUCAAAAACCAUUUCGGCCGGAAGGUUGCAAUUGAUGCCUCCAUGAGCAUCUACAGUUUCCUUAUUGCCGUUCGCUCAGACGGCCAACAACUUACGAGCGAAACCGGCGAGACAACUUCACAUCUCAUGGGCAUGUUCUACCGUACUCUUCGCAUCGUCGACAACGGCAUUAAACCUGUUUAUGUAUUCGACGGUGCACCUCCAAAGCUCAAGUCUGGAGAACUGGCUAAACGAUUCAUGCGCAAGUCCGAGGCUGCAGAAGCGCAUGAGGAAGCAAAGGAGGUUGGCACAGCAGAAGAGGUGGAAAAGUUCUCGAGACGAACGGUCAGAGUAACCCGCGAACAUAAUGAGGAAUGCAAGAAGCUAUUGAAACUGAUGGGUGUGCCCUACAUCGACGCGCCAACUGAGGCAGAGGCCCAAUGUGCUGUACUUGCAAGGGCAGGGAAGGUUUAUGCUGCGGCGUCAGAGGAUAUGGAUACAUUGUGCUUUGACUCGCCAAUCUUACUACGACAUCUCACGUUCAGUGAACAACGCAAGGAACCAAUUCUGGAAAUACAUCUAGAUCGCGUUCUAGAGGGCUUAGAUAUGGAUAGAAAGCAAUUUGUCGACCUCUGCAUCCUUCUGGGUUGCGACUACCUCGAUCCCAUCCCCAAGGUCGGCCCUAACACUGCUUUAAAAUUGAUCCGUGACCACGGGUCCUUAGAACAGGUCGUCGAGGCCAUCAAAUCCGACCCGAAGAAGAAAUACACCAUCCCCGAAGACUGGCCAUAUAAGGAAGCUCGAGAACUCUUCUUCGACCCCGAUGUUCGCAAAGCAGAUCACCCGGAUUGCGACUUUAAGUGGGAAGCGCCUGAUGUCGAGGGAUUGGUGAAAUUCCUCGUUGAGGAGAAAGCAUUCAGCGAGGAUCGAGUACGAAACGCCGCGGCGCGUCUACAAAAGAACUUAAAAACAGCACAACAAUCCCGGCUGGAGGGAUUUUUCAAGCCGAUUGCGAAGACUGAACAGGAAAAAGCUGUUUUGAAGCGCAAGCAUGAAGAAAAGUUGGAGUUACAGAAGAAGAAAAAGAAAGAGGAUGCAAAGGCUAAAAAGGAGGCAAAGUCCAAACCCAGAGGAACUACGUGA